UAAACGGUUCCUUCCCUCUCAAAUGCCCAAACCCGUUACUAGAACAGUAAACAAAGACGAGAUAGAAUGCAAUGCAAAUCAAAACUGUAAAACUUGCAGCGACUCUCGCCUCCAUGGCUGAGCACUGCGUCUCCACGCAAUCUCUCAAGCAAAUCCAUGCUCAUGCAAUCUGCACAGGCCUCCAUGAACACCCAAUUGUCUUGGGCAAGAUUUUUCGCUUUGCUGCCGUAUCACACGCCGGUGAUUUACUUUAUGCUCAAAGAGUGUUUGAUCAAAUUCCUCAACCAAAUACUUUUUUCUAUAAUAUUCUAAUUCGUGGCUACUCCAGGAGUUUCUGGCCUUGUUUUUCGGUUCGUUUAUUCAAUCAGAUGAGGCAAAACUGUAUCGACCCAGAUGGGUAUACUUUCACCUUCUUGCUUAAAGCGCGGUCAAGGAUGAAGAUCAACUUACCUUUGAUGACUGACUCAGACGAGAUCCAUGGCGCGGUAAUCAAGUCCGGUUUUUGUUCCUAUUUAUAUGUCCAGAAUGGAUUGAUUCACUUGUAUGCGGUGAAGGGGAUUCCUCUAGCAGCACAGAGAGUGUUCGAUGAGGCUGUGGAGGUGGAUGUUGUCUCAUGGUCUGGUUUGGUUGUGGCGUAUACCAAGGCCGGAAAACUGAAUCUAGCGAGAUGGGUUUUUGAUGAGAUGCCGGAGAGAGAUGUUGUUUCUUGGACUGCCAUGGUUUCUGGGUACUCCCAGGCUAAACGUUCCAGGGAAGCAUUAGAGUUGUUUAGGGAGAUGAAGGAUACAGGGAUAAGACCAGAUGAGGUCACCAUGGUAAGUGUAAUCUCUGCCUGUACUAAUCUAGGUGAUGUCGAGACAGGGAUGGGUGUGCAUCACUAUAUUGAUGCAAAUGGCCUUGGUUGGAUGAUUUCACUUUGCAAUGCGUUGAUUGACAUGUAUGCAAAAUGCGGAUGCAUGGAUAGAUCAUGGCAAAUAUUCAAUAACAUGACUAGGAAGAGCUUGAUUACUUGGAACUCAAUGAUCUCAGCCUGUGCAAACCAAGGUAAUCCAGAAGAUACAUAUGCAUUGUUUAAAUAUAUGUUGAAUUCUGGAGCUUUGCCAGACAGGGUUACAUUUCUUGCUCUUUUAACUGCUUGUACUCACAAAGGAUGGACAGAGGAGGGUUACAGAUUGCUUGAUAGCAUGCAGAAAGAGCACGGUAUGCAGCCAGGCGUCGAGCAUUAUGGAUGCAUGGUAGAUAUGUUAGGCAAAGCAGGGAGGCUAGAGGAGGCUUACAAUUUGAUCACUGGGAUGCCAGUGCCUUAUAACGAUAUUGUCUGGGGGGCUUUGCUUGCUGCUUGUAGAACUUAUGGAGAUGUAAACAUGGGUGAGAGGAUUGUCAAGAAACUGUUAGAGUUAAACCCAGAUGAAGGAGGGUACUAUAUCCUCCUCCGAGAUAUUUAUGUUGAUGCUGGUCGAAUGGGGAAAGCUAAUGAAAUGAGGCAAUGCAUGGAAGUUAGUGGAGUAAGAAAGACUCCUGGUUGCAGCUGGGUGGGAGCAUGAAACAUAAGAGAAUUAACCUUAAUUGUCAGCUCUUUCCUCCAUAGGCAUGAUAUUCAUUCAGCAGCAGUCAAGACGAUUCUAUCAUUUAAAAUUUACAGCUUUUAAGUAGUCAUUGUCUUGGUAAGUUGAAAGAGCAACAAACAGGAUCUGAGACAGAUUCAUCAACUAGUUUUACUAGUGUCUUCUGGUUCUCUUCGGAAAGUUGCCAUGCGUUGCUCUCAAGUUAUUGCUACCAUCUAUUUAACAUAUCAUUGGGAAGCACUACCACAACUUUAAGCAAUUGGAGGCUUGGUAUUCAGAUGAACACUCCAUCGCAAGAUGAGGGUUGAGACUGAGACUGCAUUUGUUGGAAUUUCUAAUAUUUAUUCCUUAUGGAUGACACAAAAAACAAGCUGCCGUCAAGGAAUAUCAUACAGAUUAAUCUGGGUUUUAUUUGGGGUGGCAGCUGGACUUAUUGGCACAGCAUUCGGGAUCAUUGGCAGAGCAUGGAGAGCAAAAUCACUGCACAGAAGGACCAACUAAGGCCGCCUAUUGACAGACUCCAGCUAGGGAAAUCUUUUACUACUCCAGACUUCUUUUUUCUAUGAAACAAUUUGAAUCAGGUCAGGAACUUCCAGGUAUUGUUUGCAAUCUGAAAUUAAUUGCAUGGAAAAUGAUUACCGCACAAAAAUAAUUAAUAGUUUCUUAGCAAUUUGUUUUGAAUUGACAGUUUCUUAGCAAUUUGUGAUCGCUUUUUGUACACAAAUAAAGAAUACACACCUAAAAAUGUGGCAAAACUUAGCCA